GUUAUUCUGGCGCCACAAUCACUAUAAAUUCAUGCUACUUAACUUCAUUAAGUAGUGGGUGGAUUCAUUCAUCUUUUGAGGCUUGAGCAAAGAAGUUCAGAGAAAUUGGUGAUAAAAUGUCUUCACAAUCAGCGAAUACCUCUCUUUUAACCCCUUACCAAAUGGGAAAGUUCCAUCUUUCUCACAGAGUUGUUUUAGCACCACUGACAAGACAGAGGUCUUACGGAAAUGUUCCUCAACCGCAUGCUAUUUUAUAUUAUUCUCAGCGAGCUUCAAAUGGGGGUUUACUCAUAACUGAAGCAACUGGAGUUUCGGACACUGCUCAAGGGUAUCCAUACACACCUGGUAUAUGGACAAAAGAGCAAGUUGAAGCAUGGAAACCUAUUGUUGAUGCUGUCCAUGCAAAAGGAGGUUUAUUUUUUUGUCAGAUAUGGCAUGUUGGACGGGUUUCAAAUGAAGGUUUCCAGCCAGAUGGCCAAGCUCCAAUCUCUUGCACUGAUAAGCCUUUGACGCCUCAAAUUCGGGCCAAUGGCAUAGAUACUGCCCAGUUCUCACCCCCAAGACGGCUAAGAACAGAUGAGAUACCUUUAGUUGUGAACGAUUUCAGACUUGCUGCUCGGAAUGCAAUGGAAGCUGGAUUUGAUGGUGUUGAAAUCCAUGGAGCUAAUGGCUACCUCAUUGAGCAGUUUAUGAAAGACAAAGUUAAUGACCGAACAGACGAAUAUGGUGGAUCUCUAGAGAAUCGUUGUAGAUUUGCUCUAGAAAUAGUUGAAGCAAUUGUGAAGGAGAUUGGUGCAGAUAGAGUUGGGUUCCGAAUUUCUCCCUUUGCCAAUUAUAUGGAAUCAGAAGAUUCAAAUCCAAAAGCUUUGGGACUCUAUAUGGCCGAAUCCCUCAGCAAACAUGGAAUUCUUUACUGUCACGCAAUCGAACCAAGGAUGAUAAAAGUUGGAGAAAAAAAGGAGUGUUCUGAUAGUCUCCUGCCUAUGAGGAAGGCUUUCACUGGUACUUUCAUAGCCGCUGGAGGGUACGACAGAGAAGAUGGAGAUAAGGCAGUGAUGAAGGGUCAUGCUGAUCUUGUAGCUUUUGGUCGCUUGUUUUUAGCCAAUCCAGAUCUGCCUAAAAGAUUUGAGCUCAAUGCUCCUCUUAACAAGUAUCACAGAGACACAUUUUACAUUUCUGAUCCCGUUGUUGGCUACACGGAUUAUCCAUUCCUUGAAGAGGCAAUGUAGAAUUUAGAUCUAUUUUAAUCUUCCUGCAAAUUAUGGGAGGUAUUCUACUUGUUUGUAUCAUUGUUUGGUUCAUCGCGAAUCCCCUGAUGGAAAUAUGAUGUAGAUGAGUACUCUCCUCUACAGGAAUGUAGGGGCAUGCUAGUUAUAUUUCAACAAUGUAUCUUCGAAUAAGACUAUAUAGCAAUAUAGAUUGUGGCACAGUGGCAGCCAUGACAUGCUGCAUUGUACUGAGUAUGUUUUUUUUUUUUUUACUGAGUAUGUUGGUUACGAGCUUUUUAGCGUUUUCUUCAUUUGUACUGAUACUUGUUAUCAACUUCUCAGUCAUUGUACUAAUACAUGAGUUUUUGCCCUUA